CAGUGAUACUGUAAUACAAUUAUUAUGAUAUUGAGCGCGCGACACGGGCGAAUAUACGCUAUACUGGUCAUGAAACAAUGCUGAUUUUCGUUAUUUAAGUUGUAGUAUUUCGACGUGAGGUGUUUGAAUUGAGGAAAAGGACCUAUGUUCUGCUGCGCAUGACUGUUUGCGGUCCACAUCGCCGUGAAAAGGAAGGCGACAGCCUUCACUGACUAAAAUGGAUUCUGAGCAUCAGAGUAUGUGGCGAUGGAUGGUGAUUGUAUGUUUGAUGGUAGCUGGGUUUGGCGCUCAAAAUAGCGAAGGGAGAAGUGUUGUUAGCGAGGAACAGUUUAAUAAUGUGUAUGUUAAACGUCAGUUGGAAAAUAUACACAAACGAUCGCUUCUGGCAAACAUGUUGAGGAUAGAUGUUACUAAAUAUAGCCACGUGGGGAAGGAGAGAGAGACCCAUGGACGAAUGAAGCGUUACGCUCCGUCUGUGAGCGUUCGAAGCGAGAUACCUCCGGAGUAUAUUGUCGUGGUGACACUGGGGGUAGCGGUGAAGAGCCCCAACAGAACCAUCGACAGUGCCGUGAGUGGCUUACGUCAGGCAUUCGCUCGAGUCCUCAACUGGCCCAUUGACAAUAUCAGAGUAGAUCGCAUCAGUUUGGCAGGCAAUGUCAUCAGUUUGUACUUCCUGCAAACUGGAAGUGUGGACGACUUCUUCCAGACCUCCGAUCUCAUCCCAGCCACAAUGGUCCUCCAGCCGGGCAUGCUGGCCUCGGUCCAGAAGGAGGCUCCGCAGCUCAACAUCACCCGCAUCAUGCAGGAUCACGGCAUCUACAGUCAUCCAUAUGAUGUCCCCCCCAUCUGGUCACAGCCCUACUUCCCCUACAUCAUCGCUGGAACCGGUGUCAUCUUCUUCCUUAUGUUCAUCCUCUUGCUAUACUUAUGCUGCUGUAGAAAGAAUGAUAAGAAGGACAAGCUGAACGAGCCUCUGACGACCCAGCAGAUAUUCUACCCGACGAUCAAGCCCGAUGUGAAGGACCCUUUGACUAUACAGCCAGAGGGCACGCCAGUUUUUGUUGCCAAGGGCUGCAUGACAACCAUUCCAGCUCAACCAAUGAGGGUGAAGGCCAAAGGUCUUCUUGAAAGUCGACGAGGGUCGAACGCUUCCCUAACAAUUGAUCUCAAUCCCUCACCAGAACUGGCGAGAUGGGAUGGAACACCGCCCAAGGAGAGUUCGGGACUGGAGUUUUUGCUCUCUGCAGGAAACAGACUCAGUCGCAGAGACUUACGAAAUGCUGUUAAGCACCCUAAAGCUUUAUAUGAGGAAUUUUGGGAAAUCCCAACCAAUCAUACAGAAAAGGUGUCCGUGGCUGGCUCAGGGAUGAAAAACCGAUAUAAAACUAUUAUACCAAAUGAGCACAGUAGAGCUAUUCUACCAGAUGGAGAAAGAGACCCUCUCUCUUCUUACAUCAAUGCAAACUAUAUAAGGGGUUAUGAGGGCGAGCCGAAGGCCUACAUCGCUACACAGGGACCUAUGGCACACACCAUUGUAGAUAUUUGGAGGCUGAUAUGGUUCGAGAGGGUGCCCAUUGUUGUCAUGAUCACAAAGUUAAAAGAAAAGAAUAAGCCAAAGUGUGAGAACUACCUCACGGAGAGAUAUGGCAUAUUCGGAGACGUAGAGGUCACCGUGGACAAAGCAAUAGAGCGCAACGGAUACGAAAUACGCCAUCUUCAUUUACGAUCUCAAGGCGAGACGCGGAAUGUGAUCCACUACUGGUACACAGCAUGGCCGGACCACAAGCCCCCCACAUCCCCCUGUAUGCUGCUGGAGCUGGUGAAGGAAGUGGAGCUACGCAGAUACAAGGCCGAUGGCGUCACGCCUAAAGGGCCAGUCCUUGUGCACUGCAGCGCUGGUAUCGGAAGAACGGGGUGUUUUGUUGCGACCAGCAUCGGCAUUCGACAGCUGAGAGAGGAACAUUCUGUGGACGUGUUGGGAAUUGUGUGCAGCAUGAGACUUGACAGGGGUGGGAUGAUCCAAACGCAUGAACAGUAUGAGUUUAUUCACAAGAUGUUGAGUCAGUUCGAGCGUGAUCUGGAGGACCCAUACCUGACAGAGUGAAGCUCACCACGUGUCAACGAGGGAUCUCUCACCUAAUGCUACUGAUUCAGACAAAUCUUGUCUUCUGAAGGUUGUGGUCGCCAUCUUGACUGAAGUAUGAUGGUCCACUUCCACUUCCUGGUUUGUAAGGGAAGAGUUAUCGCCCUUCAUGAAGGUUACUUGGUCAGGGAUAAGAAUGGUAUCGUCGAAUAUAUUACUGGUGGUUGAAAUUGUAAAAUGAACGUGGAUCUGAUAAAGUGAUCCUACGUUGACAAUUUUUCAUGAAAAAUUGCUGAAAUCACGAAUGAUAACUUCAUCUCUCUGUUGUGGUUUGUAAAGAUCUGGAGUAAGAUACUUGCUAAACGUUUACAUGUUCAUUGUUGAACACCAAUCAUUUUGCAAUAAAUUCUGUGUUCUUUUGAUACCCCUGUACAGAAAGUUUGCAUGUAAUUUAAGUUUUAGAUACUUUUCUACUUUUUCGAUACUUGCUUUAGUAAUUAUUGUAAGUCAUUCAACCUGUUCGAGAUUUUAAUCAUAUCAUUGAAUUUCAUUGUGCAUAACAUCAUUUUUAUAAUUUUGACUGAAGUUUGGAGAACCAGUAUAUAGUGACUCUUUACUUAUCACUUCAGGGAGAUCUGUUCUUCUUCUGCUUUCAUUUUAGAUUCGAGUUGAAUUGUUUUCAAACCAAGCUGACAGGAAAUCAUGGCUAUCGAUUUGAAGUAUUCUUCUUUGUUGGCUUUUAGAGUUUGAGGAAAAUGUCUGGAUUGGUGAGAUGUAAUGCCUUCAGUGCCUAGCAGCUUGAGACCGCAGUGUUAGUAUAGGAGAGGCAGUACCAUAUUCAACAUAUUAAGGCCUAGUGCUCAGAAACAUGCCCAACUUGGUUAUGCUUAUGAUCUGAUGUUGAAUAGACAAAUGGGAAUGAAAUCUCUGUUGUUAGUUUCAUGAGGGACACUGGAUAAUAACUAUGUCUUAAGGCGUUGGAGAAUAACUAUGUGUUAGGACAUUUGAGAAUAACUAUGUGUUAAGGACAUUUGAGAAUAACUGUGUUAAGGACAUUUGAGAAUAACUAUGUCUUAAGGACAUUUGAGAAUAACUAUGUCUUAAGGACAUUUGAGAAUAACUAUGUCUUAAGGACAUUCGAGAAUAACUAUGUCUUAAGGACAUUCGAGAAUAACUAUUCGUAUGGACAUUUGAAAAUAACUAUCUUAAAUGUCAUUAGUCUUUGAAAUUAAGGGAUAUCCUGGGAUCCUUAAAAUUGCUGCUGUAGUUUUUGGAUCUAAGGACCCCAUAAGUUUUCAACUUUUAACAUUGAGUUCAUGACAAGGACUUUCAUGCUUAAAUUUGAACACUGCAUUAAUUUGUUUGAUAGGCAUUACUUAGGAGUUGACGGAUGACAAAUUAGACACUGUACUACUGCAAGAAGCGACGUUUCGGUAUGGACCCUUAUACUGUUGUCAAGCAAAAUGUCCCUCAUUCAGUCUUGCUUGACAACGGUAUAAGCAUCUGUACCUAAACGUCGCUUUUUACAGUAUUUAAGAAGUUGUUAUCCAUAAAUUGUGUCUACUUUGACACUGCAUUAAGAUUUGAAAUUUUGUUUUUCAAAAUAUGGGGGUCACAUUUUUGAGCAGGGUGAUUAAUAUUUUGAAUAUGGUAGGAUAUGUUUGCGACAAGAAAUAUAAAUUAUUGUCUGAUAUUUGUUCGUGAUGUUCAUGUGUGAUGUCUGUGUGCGACUUGACUGGCUUCAUGGUAAGAUGGGGACAGAAAUGAUUCAGUCAAUCUUGUACCGGUUCAUGUUGUCCGUUGUUUGUUAUUAAUAUCAUUUUGUGGAGGUUAUGAGGUGAGAGAGGUUGGAGCAGGACUGUAACAUAUACUUGUGAUUCCUCAAUAAUAAUAAGACUUGGAGUAGUGAUGAUCCUUUUACUGGAGAGCACUUUCAGCUCAGUUCAGCCCUUACUAUCUAUCUAUAUAUAUUUGUCGUAAUGUUAUGACUCGACUCAUGUCAUUUCAUGGAGACGCACACCAUCACCAAUGAAAGGACUGGUGUCCCAACCCAAGCAUGCGAAGUAAAUUUCAAAAAAUUAAUCUAAGGCCACACUUUUUUUUUUUUUUUUUUUUUUUAAAUUGUAGAUCUCAAUAUCUAUAUCUUUUUUUAUUUUGUCAAGAAGUUGUGUGGGUUAGUCAGCACAUAGUAUCGCGAUACAUGAAUUCUCUUAUCAAGCCACAUAGUAUCGCGAUACAUGAAUUCUCUUAUCCAGGCACAUAGUAUCGUGAUA